CAUCGAAAGAUAAAGAUUGCAAUUGAACUCUGUAUUUCCCAAAAAUUAGUUGUUUUGAGUUCGUGCUUGUCUAUUUAUUAUCAAAGCCUUCCGAAUAAAUACCAGACGUGAGCAUUAACAAUAUUACUUGGUCUAUUUCCAAUACGAGUUGUGCAUUGACAAUUGAAAGCCAUGAAACCCGAUCAUCUGAACAACUUAUCGCAAGAGUCUCGGUCUUGUCAAGACUCUAACUCUGAGAACAAUUCACACAACAGUGAUUCAGAAAAGGAGUCUGGUGCUGUUCAGGAACUACGGAAGACUAGAAAAGGCAAUGAAAAGAAAGUCAUUGAUCUGGAGCGCAAGUUGGCGGAGGUUGAAAUCAAUUUAAAAGCCCAAAAGGAAAAGAACAGUUUGCUUGAAAUGAAUAUAAAGGAUAAGGACGAUUUUAUUAAGACCCUGCAAAUGUCAAUCGAUUUACUUAACCAAACAAAAGAGUUAAGCAUACAAAAAAUGCAAACUCAAAUUGUAAAUUUGCAAAAUGCACUCGGUUUAAGCAAGAGUAAGAGCUUAAUUAACGACACCGACUCAAACGAUCAACAUGGAAAAGAAGUUGACGAUUUAAAUGCAGAAUUUAAAAAAUUACAUGAGGAGAACGAUAAACUGGUCAAAUUGGAUGAGAAGGCCCAGAAAUAUGAUAAUAAUCUUAGAGAGAAAGAAGAUCAAAUCGCCCGGCUAGAAUUCCAAAUAGACGAAUCAAAACUCAAAAUUGUGAAAUUGGAAUGUAAACUUAAGGAAAAGGACGAUAAACUUGUUGAAAUGGAAAAAAAUUUGACUAAGUACACCCAAGAUGCAGGAAACACAAGCGAAUCACACGUAUUUCUCAACUUUACCAAGGAUCCUUCAUUUAAAUUGGUAACGCUUCCUGAUUACGAACCCUUUGCAGCAGUUUUUGAGGAUGUUCCUUCUGCCGGUCCCGAUUGGUUAGUCAUCCAACGUCGAAUCGAUGGAAGUUUUGACACGAGCAUAAAAAAUAAUUUUAACAAAGGCUGUGGAGAGUUAUCUGGCGAAUUCUGGAUCGGAGGUGAAAAAUUGCACAAGUUAACAACAAGUCGAAGGCACGAACUGUAUAUUAUCCUGGUCGAUUUUGACGAUGUUACUGCUUUUGCCAGAUAUGAUCACUUUGUUGUUGGAAGCGAGAAAGAAGAUUACAAGCUGUUGUCCCUUGGUGAAUACUCGGGAAAUGCUGGAGAUGCUUUGCGGAGUCAUAUAAAUCAAGCUCCUUUUAACGAAAAAGUAUUUGGAUUUGGAAAUGGAUUUUAUGGAUGGUGGGGUAUAAAUAAUUGUAAUUUGAACGGAAAAUACCUUGGAUCUAAAAUUGUGUUGGAAGACUGGAAUGGAAUUUGGUGGGGCCGUUGGAAUAUGGGAAAGAGAUAUUCUCUUAAAUCGUGUAAAAUGCUGAUCAGGCCAAAACCGUAAUCGGAUCUACAUAGGAAAUUUUGAUUAAUUUCCAAUAUUUAAAUUAAGAUAAACAGUUUAAUAAGUGACAAGAAAAUAAAUGUAUAUUAAA